AAACACAUAAAUAUUACAACGAACUACCCACGUGCAAGUCACGUACUCUCUCGCCGCUUGUUCGAUAACCCCUGUGCGCUUCUCGGCGUCUCUUCCAAUCGGAGGAGUAUCUCCACCGGCGAUGGCGGAGUCGGAAGGCGGAGGUGAGGGUUCUUGCUCGAAGGAUGAGGUGGCGAGGUGCGGGUGUGGCCAGAACGACUGCGAUGAAUGCAGCAGGAGCCGAUCGUCGAAAUCUGGAUUACCGUCGUCAUCUUCGUCUUGCUCUCUACUGAGUUUCGACUCGUAUCCGGUUCAGGAUUAUGACAAGACGUGGAGAGUGUAUACGGCUUCGGUCAAAGGCUUCGCCAUAGGCGCUGGGCUCAAAGGUGGAUUGGCCAUUUUCGCGCUUCUCACGCGCCUCCGCCGUCGGCGAUUGCUCCCGUCAUCCAAGAAAGCAGAAAUGACUUCACUUAAGGCAGAUCUGAUUUUGGCUCUGAAAGAGACACUAAGAUAUGGACUAUUUCUAGGAACAUUUGCUGGGACCUUUGUGUCUGUUGAUGAAAUUAUUGCUGCUUUGGGCGGUCAUCGCAGGACUGCAACGUGGAGAGCAUUGUUAGCUGGUGCAAUAGCAGGGCCAUCAAUGCUGCUUACUGGGUUGGACACACAGCACACAAGCUUGGCUAUUUAUAUUCUUAUGCGUGCCACUGUAUUGGCUUCACGAUGUGGGAUAAAAAGCAAGAGAUUUGGGCACAUAUGUAAGCCUCUAACGUGGGCUCAUGGAGAUAUUUUUCUUAUGUGUCUGUCCUCUUCCCAGAUUCUGUCUGCUUACAUAUUGAAACAAGAUAGUCUGCCCUCAUCAUAUAAGUCGUUUCUUAUUAAACAUGGAGGAAAAGAUCCUGUCAUCCUGAAUGGUGUGAAAGAGAUUGCAUGCGGUCUUCCUUUCACAAAUUUGGAAGGAAUAGAAAAUUUUUACAAGUCCAAUGGUGUCAACAUUAUCCUAGAUCCACAAAUGAAAAUACCUUGCACGAUGAUCCAUGGAAACCAAACAUGCAGCACACAUUUCUUUUCUUUUCUACUUCAAGCCUAUAAAAGAGCCCUGCCAGUUUAUCUUCCAGUUUAUUUAAUUCCUGCUUUGAUUGUUCAUCGUCAAGGUCUCCUCAAAAGGCCUUACACAAUUUUAUGGAAAGGACUUCUAGGCACUGCAAGGUCAAGCUUGUUCCUUUCACUGUACUGUUCAUCUGCCUGGAUGUGGACCUGCAUCCUGUUCAGAAUUUUCAAGAAAUGCAACAUCCCCAUGGUGGCAAUGGGAACGUUUCCAACAGGUUUAGCACUGGGAAUCGAGAAGAAGAGCAGGAGAAUAGAGAUAUCUCUAUACUGCCUGGCACGUGCAAUCGAAAGCUUCUUCAUCUGCAUGACAGAUACCGGAUACUUGCCUCGGCCUAAAACUUUUAAAAGGGUCGAUGUUUGCAUCUUCAGCAUAUCCACUGCCAUCAUCAUGCACUGUUAUGCUAUGGAGAGGGAUGUCUUCAGAUCCAAGUACCUCAACGUUCUCGACUGGGUGUUUGGCGUUCCUCUUCCACCUCACGAAAAAACUCCGCGCAAGCAAAAAUGACCAAAAACGGCCCCCCUAUAACUCUUCCUGUUACAUUUCAGGUUUAUUUAUUUGGCCCCUAUUUGUCAUCGAUCUGACCUCCCUCCCUAUGCAUUUUUAAACAAGUUGCAGGACGUCAUUUCGGUUCCUAUUCUCUGCAACAAUUGGACUAAUGUAUUCCCUCUACAUUCAAAAAGGUUAGACUUUCUAUGCA